CUCCCGCCCCGGAAGUGAAUCUGGUAUUUGGCGGAAGACCCGAAUUAAGGCACGCUGUAAACAAACAGUAAAAAAUCAGUCCGGUUAGUAUCCUGCAGUCAAAACAUUACAAACUAAAAUGGCUAGGAAAGGAAAGCUCAUUUAACGUCGCUUCUCUUUUAAAACAACACAAGUAUGUCACGUCAUUCAGUUUAUGUGGAUUCAUCAUUGAACUGCUUUCAUAGAGGGACUGGUACAGCAACCUGAUGAGGACUAUGCCGCGUGUGGUUUAUGGGGCCCUUGGACGUGUGGCUUUCAGUACGAUCACAUUCCAUAGAAAUGCAUCCUGGAUACUAUCGCCAUUGUUCUGCCAUAUAGACACAAAGAAAGUGUGGAUCAGUAGACGUGAUUUUGCUUCCAGCGUAAGUAUAUGUUCGGAAAAUGCGGCCAAGCGGAUGUGUAAACGUGUUCUUUCCACGGAUGAGAAGCAUUGGAAUGCAGGACAACAAAUGCAUGAAGUUAACCGGAUUAAGAGGGUUUCAAUUGAAGGAAACAUUGCGGUAGGGAAGUCAACGUUUGCGAAGCUUCUUCGGUCUGCGAGUAAAGACUGGGAGGUCGUACCCGAGCCGGUCAGCAAGUGGCAGAAAGUGGACACGUCCCAGCAAUCCGCGACCAACCUUCUGGACAUGAUGUACAAAGACCCGCAGCGGUGGGCUUACACUUUCCAGACCUUCUCAUGUAUGACUCGCCUGCGUACGCAGCUGCAGCCGCCUCCCCAGCGCUUUCUCCGCGCAUGCGCCACGCCCGUGCAGGUGUUUGAGCGUUCGGUCUACAGUGACAGAUACAUAUUUGCACUCAACAUGGUUCAGCUGGGCUGCAUGGGCUCUGCGGAGUGGGCUGUCUACCAGGACUGGCACUCUUUCUUGGUAGAGCAGUUUGGUCGGCGCUUGGAGUUGGAGGGAAUCAUUUAUCUGAAGGCACCACCAGAGAUAUGCCACAAGCGCCUGGGAAGACGGGGCAGAGAUGAGGAGAAAGGCGUGGAAUUGGCCUACCUGGAGAGGCUGCACACUCAGCAUGAAAACUGGCUGGUACACCGGAGCACCGAACUGCACUUUGAGCAGCUGAAACGAGUGCCUGUACUUGUGCUGGAUGCGAGUGUUGAGUUUGGCGAGGACUCGGACGUCCAGAAAGAGUUUAUCAUGCAGGUCACGAACUUCUUUAAUUCCAUUUGAAAGAGCCAAUGGUCCAACAAGGGAAACAAGUAUUGGAACAGUAAGCGACUCAUGGAUACUGUGAUGUCACAAAAAAUUAAUAUAUAAUAAUGGUUCAUACGCACAGAUACAUAUUGCACAGAUCCGCUAUGUUGAGAUUUUAAUUCACGGAGUUGAAAAGAAGAGCGUUACAAGAUCUUUGGGAGCCAAAACUUAGUCCUUUCUUAGCUUGCUCUCGUUUUCAAGCAGUAGUUGAACCUGCAGUCUUCCCUGCUACGCAGGUCUGUAUUUUUAAAAACGGUUUUCUGAAAAGGUGCACGACUUAAAUUUAAUCUAAUUCACGUUCAUGCCGCCAUGCGGAUUUAAAUAUAUGCAUUGUAUCUGUAAGAGUCAUCAUUCCAGAUUCAUGUAAUGUUUCCAGAUUUGCUUCCUGUUACUCGUCAUAUUUCGUCUGCACAUGUCGUAAAUUCAAUAAACACCACACUUUACAUAUAUUUAACGUACAGUAUAGUAUGGUCAGUUUUACCUCCCCCUGGUGUGAGGGCGGCAUCUUUUGUUAAUGGUAUUUCAAUACACGUUAAUUUGAUUCGAACAGCAGGACACGAGAAAAUCAUUAUUUCUCACUCGUGAUUUUAUAAGUUCAUGGUUGGUAGAGUAUUAGUAGGGAAAAAAUGAAAAUACUGAAAAAAUGAAUGAAUAUUUCUGAUGUCAGUUUUAUUUUUACUUUAUAAAAUGUUUAUUAAAACUAAAGAUUGGA